GUUGCGUCGCACCAUCGAUACUAAGAACGCAACCUCCUCGUGCACACUCGUCGAAGGCACCCCAGCAAUUUGUGCCCGAGAUGACCUCAAACGCCAUCGUGGGCGGCUUUAAAGCCGCCUUAAGUCCCAAUGUAGUCAUUUACUUUCUUGGUCUCUAUCUCGCUUACCACAUCGCCAUAGCCUUGUACAAUAUCUCGCCUUUUCAUCCAUUAGCACGUUUUCCUGGUCCCAAGAUCGCAGCUGCAUCUUACCUAUACGAAGCGUACUUUGACUGGUGUUUGCUUGGCAGAUAUGGCAAGGUCAUUGCACGGAUGCACGAACACUACGGGCCCAUUAUCAGAAUAAACCCGGAUGAGCUUCAUAUAUCUGACCCCUACUUCACCGACGAAGUCUAUGCUGGUCCGGGCCGUAUCCGCGACAAGUGGCAACAUCAACUCAACACCGGCGGUGCAGGCCCUGUCUCGGUUACCGGCUUCUCCACCGUCAAACAUGAGGUUCAUCGGAUGCGUAAGGGCGCUUUGUCAAAGUUCUUUUCUCGUCAGCAGAUGCUCAAACUUGAGGGUGAGGUGCAGGAGUUUGCCCAGCUCACGGCUGACAAAAUGCUUCGCUCGGCGGGGAAGGAGCCUUUCGACGUGAAGGAGGCCUUCAACUGCUUCACAGCAGAUAUCAUCUCUCAAUAUGCUUUCGGAGAGCCCAUGGGUUUCAUCUCGCAAGAAGGGUGGGAACCCAACUUUGCUACUUGGGUGAAGUCCUUCUUUAAGAGUGCUUACAUGAUGAGACACAAUGCUCUUGGUCGUAAACUGGCUCAAGUGAUGCCUAUGAUGGCUGAUUACUUGGGUGAAGACAUCAGGUCUGUCAUGAGACAGAUGAAUGUUGUUAUUCCCGGGUAUAUCAGGGCGGCUUUGAGCAACCCAGAAAACGGAAGAGUUUUUGCCGAUCUCAUGGAAUCCAAGACACUGCCCGAAGAAGAGAAAUCCUUGUACCGACUUUCUGGAGAGGGCUUCAACUUCUUACUCGCCGGUACUGAGACCACUGCUGCUACUCUGACUGUCGUGACGUACUACCUCCUCGCCCAGCCACAGACCUAUUCUCGCCUGAUGGAGCAGUUGCAAGGUCUCAACCCAUCGAAUCUAAAAUGGACAGAGCUUGAACAGAAGCCUUACCUGUGGGCAGUCAUUCACGAGUCUCUUCGCAUGAUGCCUGGGGUCUCGCACAGAUCUGCCAGGAUUGCCCGCGAGGAGGACCUAGUCUACAAGACUCGUGACGGGAAAAAGGAGUGGCUUAUUCCCAGAGGUACCCCCGUUGGCAUGACAUCAAUGAUUAACCACUGGAACGAGGAAUUGUUCCCCAACCCCGGGGAGUUCACUCCUGAGCGUUGGCUGAUAGACGGCCAGCCAAACUAUAAGCUGCAGAAGUUCCUCCUUGCGUUCGGGAAAGGCAGUCGCUCUUGUAUUGGUGAGAACUUGGCAUACUGCGAAGUCUACCAUAUGGUGGCUAUGAUGGCUCUUCGCGUCAUCCCGAGAUCCACUCUGCAUGAAACCACAGUCGAAGAUAUUUCUUACGACCAUGAUCUCAUCGUGGUGCAAACAAAGAAGGGUUCAAUUUCUGUCAAGAUAAAGAUCACCUGAGCACCAGGCAAAUCAUAGCGUUGGGCUUUACUGGCUGUUUAGAAGUAACAACAGCAGCAAUGGCUUGGGUGUGACGGCCGUCUAUCUUUUCUUGACCGAAUUUAGUAUUGAUAGCUGAGUGCCCGGUUAACACGCUGCAUAAAAUUCACACUGGGAAUAGAUAAUCAUCGGUUUCACC